AUGGACAGGCUGUUUGAGAAAGCGCCCGAGAUCGCGAUCGAGCUCCUGGGAUCAGAGGGCGUAGCCAGGCUGACAGAGGCGCUGGCUUGCGGCGGCCCCCGGGCCUUCAACGAGAUCGCCGCCGCUGCAGACGUGGAUGCGGGCGGCGGCGGAAGCGACGCCGUCAUCACAACCAUCGAGCGCCUGCGCCGCGGCGCGGCCGCCGGCGCGCCGGUGUCGGUCGCGGCGCCGCCGGCGCAGCACGGCCCCCACGGUCUGCUGAAAGGCGCCCUGGCCAAGAUGCUGCUCGCACAGGCCUGUGGCGGCGGCGGCGGCUGCGGGUGGGACGGCAGGGUAUGCUGGAUGCCGCUCGCGCUAGCUGGCCCCCGCCUGCUGGCGUUCUGGCGCGGGGAGCAGCGCCUGUUUGCGGCGUCCCCCGACGGCGCCCCGCCUUUCAGCAGCCUGGCGGUCAUGAUCACGGGGGACCCCUACCUCAGCUGCAGGGCGCGCACAGCCGCGGCCGGCGGCGGUGGCGGCGGGGGCGGCGGCGGCGCUGCGGGGUCUAAGGGGGGCGAGCUCUGCGUCGUCCUCGACUCAGCCAGGCUGGCGCAGUGGGGCUCGGCGGCGCCGCUGCCGUCGUUUGCGGGCCUGAUGCUACUGAUUGACGAGGCCUGGGACAUUGGGGGCGGCAAUGACAUGCCCCCGAAUCAGGGCGGCAGCGACGUCGGCGGCGGCGACGCGGCCCAGCUGGCCCCCAUACUGCUCAACUGGGCGGCCAAGAUGAUGGCGGCGGAGGGCAACCCAGGGGCGUCCACCUGGCAGCCCAGCGCAGCGCUGAGGGUCAGCCCCAACGACGCGGCGUACUCGCUGCUCGGCUCGCGCUGUGGCAUUCUUCUGCGCGAGCUGUGGGCGGCCUGCCCCGCCACUGCGGGUGUGCAAUUCCCAGCCUUGAAAAUGUCAACCCUCGUGCAGGGGCAGCAGUACUUCACGGUGUGCGUGGACCCCAUCACUGGGGCCCGGCGGUACGGGCUGGACCUGUACCGCCUUGAGGACGUCGGCCCCAAGAAGAACGGCGCCGGCCUCUUCUUUAUCUCGCCGUCCGGCCACGUGCUGCUGCUGCUGCGCGCCGGCCGCCACAACACCGGAAAAUGGGGCCUGCCCGGCGGCAACGUGGAGCCCGGGGAAGCUGACCUCCUGGCAACUGCCAAGCGGGAAGCUGCCGAGGAGCUGGGGGGCGUCGCGUCGCUGCCGUCUUAUCAGCUUGCUGGGCAGCCGAUUCUGAUCAAGCGCGGCCACAAGGGGAAGAAACACUUCACGGUGUAUGUUGCCAAGGUGUCCGAGGCGACGAAAUCGACCUAUGCGGCCCCCAAUCUGAAUGCCAAGGAGCACAGCGACUACCGGUGGUUCAGCCUGGACGACCUCGUGCGCCUGGCAGCUGAGGGGAAGCUGCACCCCGUGGUAAAGAAGCUGCUCAGCCACCACAAGGACGAGAUCUUGAAGGUCUCCGGCGCCAAGCCGCAAGCCGCCAAGACUAUCGGCGCCGUCAAGGCGCCGUGA